AUGCGUGACUCGAUCCGAUUGUCCCAUCUCCUACUCAUCAUUUCCAUUUCGAUUUCCCAUUUUCCCGAAUCGAUCUCCGCAAUUAAAUGUGCGUCAUGUGAAGGAGAGAGAUGCAGAGGGAAAAGCUGUCAAGGAGACUAUUGUGUCAUAUCGAGAUUCGUUCCCCGUUGGGGCACUGUUGAAUACCACAAAUCGAUGCUGGUCAAGGGUUGCAUGGAUGGGAGUUUACUGAGAGAAGAUAUUCGAGAUCAUUGUGAAGUCUCCGAAGCCGAUGAGGAACUCUUCACUUGUUUUUGCAAUGGGAAAGACGAUUGCCAAGCUGGGUCAAGGUGGAAUAAGUUGAAGACAGAAGACGUGCCAUUGGUGAAAUGCGAAUGUAAAGGCGAACACUGUGACGGGGAUGAGUGUAUCGGCGAGUUGUGCACAUAUGUGGAAUACAAGGGGAAAGAUGGGAAAAGUGUGCAAAAGGGUUGUCUAAACGCCUCGAUUCCGAUUCUCGAGCGUCGCAGUGUCGGCGCUUGUAUGGUGCCACCGAUUACCGGAGCGAUGCAUCAUCACAUGAAAUCCGAUCCGGUCGAUUUAUUGAGAACCGAGAGUUGCAUUUGUGGCACCGAUUUCUGCAAUCGAAAAAAGCUCAAAGUGACUCAGGUGGAGAACUCGAAAUGCAAAAUGUACGCGAAAUACGAAGUGCACGGGAAAUUGAUGGAAUCGAAAGAGCACGAGUGCAAAGGAGAGUACUGUUUUGAGUCAUCAAUGAACUCUUCAAUCUCUCAACUUCAGUCUUUUGCCAUGGCAGGAUGCGCGAGUUUUGCUGAAGAGGCUGAACUCGCUGAUGAAAUGGAACCGGUUGGAUGUGCGAGAUUCGAAAGUGAGAAGUUGCAAGUGAAAGGAUGCUUUACGUCAAACGACAAGAAGCUGAGCAAUCGAAAGAAGACAAAAGGCGGAAAGAAAACGAUGAAGGAAAGAGCUAAACCAAAAAUGGAGAUCGAGCAAAUCACAGACGAUGAGGAAGAGGAAGAAGAGGAAAGAGAGGAAGAAGAGCCGAUGAAAGGGGGGAAAGAAGAGAAAAAUGAGAGAGGAGAGGACAAGGAAGAAGAAGAGGAAGAGGAGGAGGAAGGUGACGAGGAAGAAGGCGAUGGAGGGGAGAAGGGGAAAGAGAACGGGAAAGAGAAGGACAAAGAGAAGGAGAAAACGUCAGUUAUCUACGAGAAGGCGAAACAAGAACCGAUACCCGAUGAGAGCAAUGCUAUGAUGAUUACGGUGUUCGUCUUGAUCAUUCUCGUCAUCCUUGCCGCGGGCGCUGUGUGGAAAUUCGAGCUUCACAAGCGCCUUUUCCGUGCCAAUUACGACACCGUUGCUGGGGGA